GUUGUUUAGCACAUGUAAAAAUCACAAACUUUGCCAGUAAUUGACACAAUAUUUCUGCCCUUUUUCAAAGGUUUAGAGGAGACCUCUAAGAUGGCCUCUGCAGAAGUCAACUCUCCACUCCAGCUGAUGAGGAGCGUCAAAGAAGAGACAGAGGAGUUCAGCUUAGCUGACUCUCCAUCCCAGCUGAACAUAAAAGAAGAAGAGGGAGAAGAGUUCCCUGGGUCUCCAUCGCAGCUGAACAUAAAAGGAGAAGAGAGAGGAGAGUUCCCUGGUUCUCCAGAACAGCUGAACGUAAAUAAAGAGACAGAGCAGUUCCCUGGUUCUCCACCUCAGCUGAGGAGCUUAUAUGAGGACAGCGAGGAGAAUAGAUCUGGGCAUCAGCUCCACAGCGGUUCCAGUGGAGAGGAGUUUCGUGGAAAAACACAUUCUUCUGCCCUGACUACAGAGAGGCCGUACGUCUGCAGUCAGUGUGACCAGAGCUUUAAGAGAAAAGAUGAGCUCCAAAUCCACCAGCGUGUUCACACAGGGGAGAAACCAUUUUCAUGCACCGACUGUGGAAAGAGUUUCUCACAUUCUUCUAACUUCCACCAACAUCGUCGCGUUCACACUGGAGAGAGGCCGUUCCCUUGCAGUCAGUGUGACAAGAGCUUUAAGACUAAAGGAAGCCUCAACAAACACCAGCUCGUUCACACAGGGGAGAAACCAUUUUCAUGCAGUGACUGCGGAAAAACCUUUUCACGGCUGUGUAUCCUUCGCAAACAUUGUCUUUGUCACACUGAAGAGAAGCCGUAUGCUUGCAGUCAGUGUGACAAGAGCUUUAAGAGAAAAGCAGAGCUCCAAAUCCACCUGCGCGUUCACACAGGGGAGAAACCUUUUUCAUGCACCGAAUGUGGAAAGAGUUUCUCAGAGUCUUCUACCCUCUACAGACACCGCCGCGUUCACACUGGAGAGAGGCCGUACGUUUGCAGUCAGUGUGACAAGAGCUUUAAGACUAAAGGAAACCUCAACGCACACCAGGUCGUUCACACAGGGGAGAAACCAUUUUCAUGCAGUGACUGCGGAAAAACCUUUCCACACCUAUUUAUGCUUCGCAAACAUUGUCUUUGUCACACUGAAGAGAGGCCGUAUGCUUGCAGUCAGUGUGACAAGAGCUUUAAGACUAAAGGAAACCUCAACGCACACCAGGUCGUUCACACAGGGGAGAAACCAUUCUCAUGUAUCGACUGUGGAAAGAGUUUCUCAGAGUCUUCUAAUUAGGGAUGGGCAUAAUUAACCGAUUAACCGAUGAUUGAUCAUUAAACAUUUAGUCGAAGAAAUUAAUUUUCGCAGACGAACCGUUAAACAAAAACAAAACAAAAACUUGAAUGUAGGUUGUUCUGCCUUCCAUUUAAUUCCAUGCCUGAGUUUAGUUUCUCUCACGUAAAUCCUAUGGUGAAUACCGCCACCUAGUGGACUUUCUCGCGGUACUGCGCCUUAAGCGCAACUCUACUUCCUGGUUAGUUGCAGCCAGUUUUUUCAAGUGUUUUCUGCCGUAAAGCCACCGGACUUCAUCUCUCCCGCAAUUAAUAUCUUUUCACAUUUGAGCCUUGGACAAUAUAAGUCUGUAAGUGAUCAUUUUGUGUUGGAUUUUGUUUGUAACGAAAUUGCAUUGCUAUUUUGAGGUAAAUUUCGAUCUAUUUGGCUCUAGAAAUGAUGUUUUCUUUGCCUGGAAAUGUUGGCUAAUCUCAUUCUACUUUCGGUUAGAAAAUGACAAAGUGUACUGUAAUUACUGCAAUGUGAAUUACAAAUACAGUUAAUCGACAACGUCCAUGAUGUAUCACUUGAACACCGCGCAUCCAAGCCUUGUAAAAGACGGUGGUGAUUCAUCUCAACAUAGCCUCACCUCGAUGUCUGCACCGUUAUGUGCCUUCGUUGUUGGCUCGCAACUUGAAGCCUUUCAGGUUUAACUGUUCUUGUUAAUCACUUGACACUUGUGUUGUUAAUAAAACAAAUCCUCAAAGAAAAACAUGAUGUUUUUGAUGUAUUUUUGUUAUACAAGAGUAUAGGGCAUGGUGGGCCUAAAUGUGUGCUGUUUUUAAUAUAAAAAUGUUAAUGGUUAACCGAUUAUUAAUCAUUAAUUCUCCCGACGAUCGACGAAGAAAUUUUCACCGUAUGCCCAUCCCUACUUCUAACCUCCACAUACAUCGCAGCAUUCACACUGGAGAGAGGCCGUACGUUUGCAGUCAGUGUGACA